AAACGAGUGUAGUUAUAAUAACGAACAAAAAUGACAACACGUCAUUGUACCAAUAUGUAACAAUAUAUAUGCGUGACCGUGACCAGGACGGCACAACGAAAUUCUAUUUGUCAAUCGUCCCAUUAGUCAAUCGCUAUACGACACGUACAGGCUGGUGUAAUUCCAUUUGCCACAAAUUCUUUUUCCCCCAAGACGCGGGAAAUUCUUCCCAUGAUAAUAACAGCAGCAAAGCCGCAAAGCAAGCCAACGCCACGGCAGCUCGGCUCCGAUCGGCUAUGGCCAUGGCCGGCAAUCACCGAAGCUCACAGCUACACCUCCUUCUCCUCUUCUGCUGCACCACCACCCUACGCGCCGCGGCGCUCUCCUUUGACUACGAUUUCUCCGCGGACGCCGCGAAGAACUUGGUGUUCAUGGGAGACGCGGCCCACGCCGGCGACCGGAUCAACCUCACGAACCUGGGCGUCUGGAGAGCCGGGCGCGUGGCGCACCGGCAGCUCGUGCGGCUCUGGGACGACGACGUCGGCGGCGGGAGGACGACCACCACCAGCUUCACCACCGCCUUCUCCUUCGCCAUCGGCCGCAACUCCACGAACCAGCCGGCGGACGGCAUGGCCUUCUUCGUCGGGCUUCCCCGCGACAACCUGCCGCCGCACUCGGACGGCGCGUUCUUCGGGCUUCUGUCCAACAACUACUUCGGCCCCUACGGCUCGCCGCGGACCGUCGGCGUCGAGUUCGACACCUUCAGCAACCCGAUGUGGGACCCCGAGGGCACCGUCGAUCACGUCGGCAUCGACGUCAACACCGUCACGUCCAAGAACACCACCGCGAUGCCGACGUUGAGCCUCCUCGCCGGCGUCAUGCGGGCCGAGGUCAGUUACGACGCCGCCGCAGCGAGGAUGGCGGUCACCCUCCGCACGCUCGACGGGAUGAGCUACAGCGUCGAGGCGGCGGUGGACCUGAGAGCCGCCGGCUUGCCGCAGGACGCGGCCGUGGGGUUCUCGGCGGCCACCGGAGACCUUGUCGAGUCGCACCAGCUCCUCUCUUGGUCGUUCAACUCAAGCACAGCAGAUGGAUCAGUCUCUUCAACAGGUUCUCCACUUGUUUCAGAAUCAAAAAAGAAGAGGAUAAAAACAUACAUAAUAGCUUCUACAUCAAGUUUAUUGGGGAUAAGCGUAUUAGUCCUUGCAGUCUUCCUAGUUUACAAGAAACAUAAGUGCUUGCUCCCCUGGCAAAGAUCAACAACCGCACCAAGACUUCAUUCACUCCUACGAUCACAACUUAAAAGUUACACUUAUUCUGAAGUUCGAAAGAUGACUAAAUCUUUUACUCACACCCUUGGUAAGGGUGGAUAUGGCACUGUUUACAAAGGCAGUCUAUCUGAUGGUAGCACAAUAGCAGUUAAGAUACUGGAAGACUCCAACAAUGAUGGGGAAGAUUUCAUUAAUGAGGUGUCCAGCAUUGGCAGAAUAUCACAUAUCAAUGUUGUUACUCUAUUAGGACUUUGCCAGCAUGGAUCAAAAAGAGCUCUCAUCUAUGAGUAUAUGCCCAAUGGUUCUCUUGAUAAAUUCGCAGUUGGUGGAAAUGACACCAUGCAACAAGAGAAGUUCCUUAUAAGCUGGGAGAAGCUAUAUGAUAUUUUGGUUGGAGUUGCACAAGGCCUUGAUUACCUCCACCAUUGGUGUAAUCAUCGUGUUGUACAUCUUGACAUAAAACCCCAAAACAUCUUACUGGACCAAGACUUCUGCCCAAAAAUAUCGGAUUUCGGAUUAGCGAAACUAUGUAAGCCAAAAGAGAGCAAAAUCUCUAUUGGUUGUGCAAGGGGAACAAUUGGCUACAUGGCACCUGAGGUGUUUUGGGGGCACCGUGGAGCAGUGACCACCAAGUCUGAUGUAUAUAGCUAUGGGAUGCUGAUUCUUCAUAUGGUUGGAGAAAGGGAAAACAUCAAUGCGAGCACAGAGAGUGGAAGCAAGUAUUUCCCUGAAUGGUUGUAUGACAACCUGAAUCAGUUUUGUGGUGUUCCUAGUGGAGGCAUCGACGGUAGCAAUUCCACAUCAGAGGUUGCACACAAGUUAGUGAUAAUAGGGUUUUGGUGCAUACAAUCUGCACCUACGGACAGACCUUCGAUGAGUGAGGUCAUUGACAUGUUUGAUAGAAGCUUGACUGAACUGCAACUACCACCAAGAAUCUCUUGUUGCGGAAAUUAUAAUGAGAGUUUUGGAUAAUCGCUCCAAUUGUAACAUGUUCAUCUUUAUCUAUUUGUCUUUAGACCACUUGAUAAGAUGAGGCUUCAACUUGACCAACCACAUGAAAAUUCAGACCUCCAACAUGUAUAGUCACAAUAGCCUCAUCAUGAUAUUUAUUUACUCCUAUAUGAAUUAUAUAUGUACCAAUAAUUUAUUUUCCUACGAUAAGCAUCAACACUUGAGUACUUUGACAGCCAGGGAAUUUUUUAAGUAAGUGUGUGUUUGAAUCACUAGAGAAAACUCCUGUAUCAGCUUGAAGGUAGAUCAUUAUUUUAAGGAGAUGGUCUCCUUUUAUGUAACUGUGGAUGAGUUGUUAACGACUACUCUUAAUAUAAUUUCCUUUCUUUAA